AUGCCUUUGCCCCCGCACCCGGUGCGUGUCGAACCAAACGAACCUUCGCCCUCGCAUGCCGCAUCAGCAUUCAAUGGAGGCUCUGCCGACGCAAAAGCACCUUCGCCGAUGUCAUCCCAGAAAGGAGAGAACCUUCCGUUCGAAAAGAAGGCCAAUGGGACGGGUCUGCGCAGGUCCGCGCGACUUGAUCAGCUCAAGAUCAACGGGCAGAAACAGCAGAAAAGACCGAGGUCGGACGAGCAGGCUCCUGCUGCACCUGCUAAACCAACCGUGAAACGCUCUCGACGCCAGCAUGCACAUGACGUUCCCGUCAGGCGUUCACAGCGCAUUGCUACUUCCACUACCGCUACUAAAGGUCGAGAAGCCGCGAAACUCUGUCAUCUUCCCGCAUCAUUGUUGGGAUAUUUACGCAACAUCAUCACCCGGACCACUAAAGAAGUACUCAUUGCGGAACGUUCAUUCAAUGGCGGGACAGUAGAAGAGUCGAGUGAAUUGCGCCUGUUUAUACGUAUCAUGAGAAAAAGUAAGAAUAUCUUGAUUCAUAUUGGAGAGCCCAACCUCAAGGCUCAGCAAUAG